CCGUAGCGCCGCGCCUGCGCGUAGCCCUCUGGUGGUUGAUCGGGGAGUGUGGCGGCGUGCGUGCUCGCCCCCAGCGUUCAGUCGGAUGCUGUUGCUCGAAUGGAGCGGUCACCAGAGCAGGGGGGAAGGAAUAUUUCGGGCCAUGCUCUAGUCCCUUUCUCUUCGGCACGAUGUCGCGAUUUCCUACCUCGAUACUUUGAUUGGCAACCUUAGCAACGGCCUGGCGACACUAGACACCACGCGUGUUACCUGUCUGUGUCUGUCCACCUCUACAUGGUUUUGUGUCUCUCCCUCACGGAGCGGGUUGAAAACUCGGCAGCUCUGCGGGGUAUAUUCCCCAAGCUGUGGCGAGACCUCGUGAUCAGUCAGCCGUGCGACAGAAUAAACGCGGACAGGCACGAGUCUCGUUACGCGGCCAGAAAACGUUCGCCGGCGAAAGAGACGUGGAACUCGAGCGUGUGUGGUAGCAGCGAUGCACGUUGUCUCGUGGUUUUUGUGACUGGACGUGACCGGGAUAUUUCGUGGUGUCUGCACCGUGGAAGCUACGGUGGACUGGCCGAGCGGAGAGGGUCGAAAAAUCGUGGGCGACAUUUUUGCGGAAUCCUGGGCCACGGAGAUGUCACGCUGAAGGGGCUCACGGGAGGGGUCAGAAGGAGGAGGUCGAGGACAGCUGAAGCCAUGCUCAGAUCCUGAUCGCGACGGCCCGCCGGGGGUGGUGAAACGGUGGAACGGAUCGCCGAGGUCGGACGGAGCCGGGGUAGCUGGAGCGCGGACCUGGGGGAGGUUGGAGAAUGAGCAUGUUCAGCAUCCUGCGUAGAAAUUGGGCACUUCGCGUGUCGGUGGUGCUCAACAUCUGCGUGUUGCUGUACGUGUGCGCCCACUUCGGCUCCUCCGGGCCCUGGAUCGAGGAACCGCCGACCAACUGGGCGGCGCCGUUGCAAUCGGAGACUUUCGGCGCCGUGGACAUCGCCAACGGCACGCAGAAGGGCGCCACGUCGUCGGUGGUACCGGCUACCAGGGAUGCCAACGGCAAGGUCGCUGUCAGCAAGGUCUCCCACCAGCAUGGCAACGCCACCAGCAUGACCAGGACGAGGCUUCUCACCAUGAAACCCACGCCGAACGAGGCCAAGGUCGACACGGAGCCCUUCUCCAAGGAAGAGGUGAAGGUGAAUCCGCCGACCGUCCUGCCGACGAUGAGCCUGCAGGAGGCGGUGCUCUGCAACGAAAAGUCCUCGGCGCCGAGGAGAGCACAGCGAGGCGAUUACUGGGUCCUGUACAAUUACGUGCCGAUGAGCAUGGCGGUGAGAUGCUGGGAAAGCGUGACGUACACCACCCACGCGGACUACACGUUCCUGGACAAUCUGGAGCCUCUGCUGGAGCGAUGGAGGGCACCGAUAUCGAUCGCGAUGCACGCCCCUGGCACAGACUUCCCGGCGACCCUCGACGCCAUCAAGUACUCGAGAAACUGUGGCAGCCCGCUGGUUGCUCAGCUGGUCACCUUCCAUGUCUUCUUCAGCAGUAAACACGUGCCAAAAGUGGUACCGCCAUCCGAGAAAGUCGCGUCUGAUACGUACAACUGCACACUGGGGCCACCGUGGGUCAACGUCACGCUUUCGAAGAUGUACAAGAACGAGAAGAAGCUGCUGUACCCCGUGAACGUUGGCCGUAACAUCGCCAGAGAGUCCGCCCCGACGUUCUACGUAUUCGCCAGCGACAUCGAGCUCUAUCCGAAUCCCAAUUUGCCCGCGAAGUUCCUCGAGAUGAUCACCAGAAAGGAUCAACCGGCCCUUUACAAGCCCAACCCGAAAGUUUUUGUACUCUCCAUCUUCGAGGUGGACGAAAAGAAUCAACCACCGAAUAACAAAACGCACUUGGUUCAAAUGCUGAAGGCUGGCACCGCCAUUCCCUUCCACAAAAAAUUGUGUUCCGGUUGCCACAAUGUUCCUCGAAGCAAGGAAUGGCAGGAGGCGCCGGAGACCGAAGAUCUCCACGUGUUCCACGUCGGCAAAAGGACCGGGACCUUUGUUCACUGGGAGCCCAUUUUCAUUGGGACCAAUAACGACCCAUUGUACGACGAGAGGCUUAGCUGGGAAGGGAAGAGCGACAAGAUGACCCAGGGUUACGCGCUGUGCGUCCUCGACUACGACUUCCUGAUCCUGGACAACGCGUUCCUAGUCCAUCGUCCGGGCAUCAAGAUCUUCAAGAAGGAUGCUCACCGGGAGAUGCUCACCGCGAAGACGAACGCGCUGAUCAAGAAGAUAAUCAUACCGGAGUUGAAGAUCCUUUACGGAACUAGGAAGGGUUGUGCCGUGUAGCCCGUGGAGAACAGAGCGCGACGCGUGCUCCACAGGUGUCCUUCUGUGAAACGGCAGCAUCUGAGAUCGUCUUCGACGUUUAGACGAAAGAUCAGUGGACUUGCAACGCAACGAAGUUUCGUUUCUUUAACGUUUCAUUCGAAGCCUCUAACGGGCGAGUGACUUCAGAUAUGCUGCAGAUAUGCUUCAGAUAAUGCCCUUCGGUCAAACUGUCCAGAGAAUCCUGAAAAGUGUAGGUAGACAGUCUCGCCUUUUCCUGGCGACGACUUUUACGCAUCGGCGUCGCUGUCUCUCAUUCCUGGAGGGUGAAAUAGCGAUGGAACUAACCGGUGCGGAGUGCAGGUGCGAUUGUUGGUCCCGAUGAAAGAAAGAACCUUAUACAUAUUUUUCACCCGAGACGCGUUAGGGAGUAUGGUUGUACAUAUUAUCGUUUAAAGCGGUGCCUCGUAUAUACAUAGGCAGAGAUGGGUCUAACGGAUAACCGAUGAAAACUAUAUGCUAUUCGAAUCGUACUAUUUUGUAUUCGCUGAUACGAGUAUGUACUAUUUAACAGCAUCAGCGAAUAUAAGAUGCAAGUAGAUGUCUGUUAUUCGAGCAACACGGAAUUCAAUCAAACCGUUCGUUGUACGUUCGUUGUUUUACGUGUAUUCCAGUCGCAUCCGUUCGAAUAUGUUCAUCUCUGUCCGUACGUCUACAAGAUUUUUGUAGUUUUCGUCCGUGUGCAUUUUAUCUCAUUCCACGUUUUCCCCCGCUGUUGCACAUUUUUGUGAACAGGAGAAAGGGACGGGACGUUGCGUUAGCGCGCAAGUACGCGUGCAAAAGUAUGCCAAAACGGUAAAAGCUGCUCAAAGUAGUUACGAUUAAAUAAACCAAACGCCCGGAAUGAAAAUACUGUACGUUCUACGGAUAUUUUUAUCGAACGUUUAAUUUAUACGACACGAGUAACGAGAAUAUUGGCUGUCUCAUUUCAGUGUACAUUUUUCUAAUCGGUUCGAGCAGUAAACAGAUUCGCUUCGGUUAAACGAUUUUAGUUCCUUUACUUUUAUAGGAAUGUAUUUAUGAUUCCCCCAAGCAUAACUAGUGCCGAAAGCAGAAUACCAUUUAUUAUUUACCUCGCCGCUGUAUCUCUUUUUUUUUCCUGUUAGAAAAAGCAUGAUUCACGCGUAGCUGACUUUGUUUUAAUCUAACGCAUUUACGUUUUUUAAUCUAACGCAAUCCACGAUCUUAUGCAUUUUAGUUGAAACAAUGUGAAACCAAAUGCUCGCAUAAGUACUGAAAAAUAAUGUGCGUAGAGUGGACGUAAAGUUUCUUGCAAGACACGAACAUUGCAUCGCAACAUUGUUACACGCGAAAAUUUUCUUCGAUUUACCCCGAGUACUUAAAAAUUCGUUGUUAUUCUUUUCGCUUAUGUUCUUCGACAAACGCAUUGGAAGAAAUCAAACAGAGACUUUACGAAUCAAGAAACAUUUUACUCUCCAAGACUGAGGAACGUUUGAUAACAAUUUACUAGGGCAGUAUAUCCUAAAAACAUUCAAUUAAUAAAUAUCAAGUCAUUAGUUGUUUAAAUGAUCCUUUAAUUAAUAUAACUUGUUAAGAUUCACGCGUUUCUUUGCGCUAUUAAUUUUAUUUCCGUCGAAGAGAAUUGGUGCUUCCAAGUGAUAGCGAUCGGAGAUAGAAAGUUCUUUUCUACGCAUUUGCAUGAGAAAACGGAAGUCUUGCAAUGAAUCUAAUCGAGAACAGAGAUGGGUAAAAUUCUUAUCUACGUGAAAAUUUCGAAUAAAAGUAUUCGAAUGAAAUUUUCUCCAUCUCUGAUUCAGAACGAGUGUAAUUAUUUUUUGUAUCGUUACGUAUUGUGUACGAAUACUUUUUCUUGACAAUUAGUAGAAAAGAAAUAUGGGUAAACACGUUUAAAUGUCGCGACGAGCUAAAACUCAUACGUGAGAGAUUUAUUAUACAAUAACAAUUUCUCGUAUCAUGCGAUCGACUCGAGAUCUCUCCUCGGAUCUUAAACUAUGUAUGAACGCGUACAUAGCUGUACAUCCGUAAGCAUAAUUAUAAGUAUUACGUAACUGUUACUAUUUUACACGGAUUAAUUAGGAACUAAAUGUGAGUUUCGACGUUCUAAAGUAAUAAGUGUACUGUCCUGAGAUGUUCGACGACGAUUGAUAGAUCUUUGUAUUUUCUACCGUGAAAUAUUAGAUUUCUCUUCGGUAUGAUUUGUCCAUAUUUUCAAAAAGUGAAUCGCCUCCACCUUGGAAAAGUUUCGUAUAAUUCGUCGAAUGUAAUAUCGAAACAGCGAAAGCGUCGAACAGAACACGACAGUAAACGAAUGAGACAACGUGACGAAUGUGUUAAGAGAAGUCUCUUACGAGUCGACAAAAAUCGUCGGAGUCAGAUAUCUAAAUUUUUCCAUACGGUGUGUGCCAGAUUUGAAUUUGUCCAAAAAAUUAAUCCAUUUGUUUGAUUACGAAUACUCGAAACGGUGCAAUGCACACAUUUAUAAAUCAAUGUAUCAUAUACAUACAUAUAUACGUAUAUUCACAAUAUUUUUUUUAUCGCCAGCCCGAGAAACGUUAAACGGCCCCACAGGUGUACAUACUAUCACGAUAAUAAGACUUGGAGAACUGUAUAGCGAACUAUCGUUGAGUAUAUUUUGGCGAAAGCAAAAUGGUGACUCAAUUUUGUUGUGAUAAACCCUAGGGCACAAACUAAUUACUACUUCUGUAAUUAUGCUUUACUAGCUGUAAAACACUUGGACGUUUUACACCGGUACAUAACAAUUGUUUGUUAUAUACAAAUAUGUCACAAUAACGGUGGAGAAAAUUUCAUUUUUGCUAUUCACGUUUCGUUCGAUGCUCGUAGACUUGAAAUGUUGACAGACUGUCUCCAUUCGAAAGAAAUUACCGUAACAAAACUUGAAGAAGAUGUCGUUUAUCGUACGACAGAACAAAAAGUAAUUUAUAAUUGUAGAAGUAUGAAACAUUAUUUGUCGUAAUCCAUAUAUGAAAAUAUCAAAAGAACAUUUAGUUCUUUACCCUCGAGAGGAGAGCGUCCUUUGUUUUUCGUUGGCAUCCUUAACCUACCUUAAGUAAAAACAAUGAGACACGAUUAAUCGAUAAGCUACAAUUAUAACGUGUAGAUAUAUUAUUAAAAUGUCUAUACAAUGUGGAAACGAAACAUGCAAGCGACAAUAUUUUCAUGUACGGAAAUACUGAAUAGUGUUUAUGUGGA